AUGUCAGCCCAAUCGGCCACUUCAUCUACGAAGCCUGCUGGCAUGUCAGCGCCCAAGUCAUCUCCAACGAAGAUGGCCUCGAAGAUGCACCGCAGAUCACGCUCGGGUAUGAUUGAUCUCACGAAGUUGGAGCUUCCAUGGCUUCCUUGUGUUGCUCGUGUAUCUACAUAUUUGCUGACCAAGCAAUCAGGUUGCUUCACCUGCCGACUCCGAAGGAAGAAGUGCGACGAAGGCAAACCCAAGUGUAAAGCUUGCAAGCAUCUUGGCCUGACCUGUGAAUACAAGAGACCGAUGUGGUGGAGCAACAAUGAUCAGAGAAGAAGACAGAAGGAGGAUAUCAAAAAUAUCAUCAAGCGGACCAAGCUGUCCGAGAAAUCGUCGACUCUCCAACCACACUGCACGAUUCCGACGCCACCUGGUCUCACCUACUCUGUGCCUACCUCGGACGGCUUCUCCGAUGGGAUAGGAAGAACACGCGCCACGUCAGAAGACUCUCAGGAUUCCCUCGAGUAUGAUUUCGGCUACGCUCAACCACCAACACCUGCCAUAUACGAUCCGCAUGCAUACAGCAUGCACCCUGUUCACAUCGGUACCAAUGUACCUCCAUACGCGCCGUCUUACCCCUAUGAAGUCGACAUUAAGACCGAGCGACAGAUGUUUGUCAACGACAUCCCAACCCGAAGGGACUCUUCGAUAUCUACGUUUAGCACCUUUCAACCUCCUGCGCCGCACACGGCAUUGCCCUCUUUUCCUAGCGGCGAUGACUGGAUACAGCACGACUACUUCGAAACUCGACGAGAUUCAUGGAGCGGCGAAGAGGGUCUGGAUUUCAAUUUCUUUGACUUUUCGCACGGCGUUGUGCCGCACACUUCACAGCAAGCUAUUAUUCCUGUUGACGAUUGCGACCGAAGGCUCCUGGACCAUUUUGUCGAGAAUGUGCUUCGCCUGAUCUUUCCCAUUCUUGAGGUCAAUCAACACGGAUCGGUGAAGGCAGAGGUGAUUCUUCCAGCGCUCGAAUCAAACAAGUGUUACCUACAUUGCUGCCUCAGUAUUGCUGCCAUCCACCUAAAAGCAACGGAAGGAAUCCAAACCGAGCAAAUUGACAACGACAUUAUGCGACAUCGUUACGAAACAGUCUCUGAGCUCUGCAAGGCCCUGAACCGCGACACCGACCAUCUACAAAUCCUUGAGGCCACUCUUGGCAUGAUCUUCUUUCAAUGUUCAGUCGGCCGUCCAGAUGAUUGCCUGCCCGACAUCCCUUGGCAUCAGCAUUUCCAAGCAGCCACAAGCUUAGUGCAUAAAUUGGAGUUGCCACGUAUUGUGGAGGAAAUGCCCGAAACGGGAGUGCAUCCCCCAUUCAAUAUGACCUUGACCUCCUGGAUUGAUAUUCUUGGCUCGACAAUGCUCGGACGCUCGCCUCAAUUCGCCAAUACUUAUCGCACCAAGCAUCUGACUGGCUCGACGUCUGGUCUAUGCGAGCUGAUGGGCUGCGAAGACCGGGUAAUGUACCUGCUGUCUGAAAUUGCAUGCUUAGAUGCUUUGAAGAUGGAGAAUCGGGUUGACGAGAUCUCCCUCUGCACACAUAUCACCGCUCUUGCUCAACAACUUGAUGCCACCGAAUCUCACCAUGACGCCCUUGUCACGCCCUUCUCUAACACCGGCGCCAUCCGCCCACGCCAGCUCUCCAAGAAUAUGACAGCAGUUUUCCGCAUUGCCGCUCGGGUCUACCUUUGCUCCCUCGUGCCGGACUACAACCGGUACCAACAAAGCACCAUCAACCUCAUCGCCCGACUUGCAGAGCUCCUCCACUUCAUUCCUUCCGGUCCGGAAGGGUUCGACCGCUCCCUAGUCUGGCCCCUUCUGAUCUGCGGCGCCUACUCCAUUCCAACCAGCCCCUUCCGUCGUGUAUUCGCCGAGCGGAUCGAACGACUAGGAGAGCAGGCUGAAUUCGGCAGUUUCGGCCGCAUGGUGCGUCUGCUCCGUGAGGUAUGGCGGCGCGCGGCCGAUACGUUACUACCGACCUCUGCUACUUGCGAACCCACGCCAACAUCAACCACAUCAACGAGUGAUACAAGAUCGAGUAACAAGAAUACACAGAACGUCCACUGGCGGGACGUGAUGCAACAAAAUGGAUGGGAUUUCCUUCUGAUAUGA